AUGGGGCUACCUGCCUUGGAGUUUAGUGACUGCUGUUUGGACAGCCCCCAGUUCCGAGAAAGGCUAAAGUCUCACGAAGCUGAGCUGGACAAGACUAACAAGUUCAUCAAGGAGCUGAUCAAGGAUGGAAAGGCACUCAUUGUGGCCCUUAAAAAUUUGUCUUCAGCAAAACGGAAGUUUGCAGACUCCUUGAAUGAUUUCAAAUUUCAGUGCAUAGGCGAUGCAGAAACAGAUGAUGAAAUAUGUAUAGCAAAAUCCCUGCAAGAAUUUGCUACUGUUCUAAGGAACCUAGAAGACGAGCGCAUACGAAUGAUUGAAAAUGCUAGCGAAGUCCUAAUCACACCUCUGGAGAAAUUUCGAAAAGAGCAAAUUGGUGCUGCUAAGGAAGCCAGGAAGAAGUAUGACAAGGAGACUGAGAAAUACUGUGGAAUAUUAGAAAAGCACUUAAAUCUGUCUUCCAAGAAGAAAGAAUCUCAGCUUCAAGAGGCAGACAAUCAGGUGGACCUGGUCAGGCAGCACUUUUAUGAAGUUUCUCUUGAGUACGUCUUCAAAGUACAAGAAGUUCAGGAGAGAAAGAUGUUUGAGUUUGUGGAACCACUGCUGGCAUUUCUGCAAGGGCUGUUCACAUUCUACCACCAUGGCUAUGAGCUUGCAAAGGAUUUCAGUGAUUUCAAGACAGAGCUGACAAUCAGUAUACAAAAUACAAGAAACCGUUUUGAAGGCACCCGAUCAGAAGUUGAAUCCUUGAUGGAGAAAAUGAAGGAGAAUCCUCAUGAGCACAAAAACAUCAGUCCCUUCACCAUGGAGGGCUACCUUUAUGUUCAGGAAAAGCGUCAUUUUGGGACAUCCUGGGUAAAGCAUUACUGCACAUAUCAGAGUGAAUCCAAACGAAUAACGAUGGUGCCAUUUGACCAGAAGUCUGGUGGAAAGGGGGGAGAAGACGAAGCUAUUAUCCUCAAAUCUUGCACUCGACGGAAGACUGAUUCUAUAGAGAAGAGAUUCUGCUUUGAUGUGGAAGCUGUGGAUAGGCCUGGAGUGAUUACAAUGCAGGCACUUUCUGAAGAGGAUCGAAGGCUGUGGAUGGAAGCAAUGGAUGGCCGAGAACCAGUGUACAACUCAAAUAAGGACAACCAAAAUGAAGGCAUGGCCCAGUUGGAUAAUAUGGGUUUCAGCAUCGUUAAGAAGUGUAUCCAUGCUGUCGAAUCUAGAGGGAUCAACGAACAAGGACUCUACAGAAUAGUUGGGGUCAACUCCAGAGUUCAAAAACUAUUGAGUAUCUUAAUGGAUCCCAAAACUGCUGAGACAGAAGAUGACGUCUGUGCAGAAUGGGAAGUUAAAACAAUCACCAGUGCCUUGAAAACAUAUUUAAGAAUGCUCCCUGGGCCACUCAUGAUGUAUCAGUUUCAAAGAAGCUUCAUCAAAGCAGCAAAACUGGAGAAUCAAGAAUCCAGAAUUUCAGAGAUCCAUAGCUUAGUGCACAGACUUCCAGAGAAAAAUAGACAGAUGCUCUAUUUACUCAUGAAUCACUUGGCAAAUGUUGCUGAAAACCACAAACAGAAUCUUAUGACUGUCGCAAAUCUGGGAGUUGUUUUUGGACCAACGUUAAUGCGACCACAAGAAGAAACUGUUGCUGCAAUUAUGGACAUCAAGUUCCAAAAUAUUGUAGUUGAGAUUUUAAUAGAAAACCAUGAAAAGAUAUUUAACACGGUGCCUGAUACUCUACAGUCAAAUUCUCAACUGCUCUUAUCUCGAAAAAAGAGUACAGAUUCAAAGCCACCAUCCUGCAGUGAGAGGCCCUUAACCCUUUUCCAUACAUUGCAACCCAAUGAAAAGCAGGAAAACAGAAACAGUAUAAUUAACUCCAGCCUAGAAUCGGUCAUAUCAUCAUCAAACACCAACAGUUUGCUCCAGUCCAGUAAUGCUGUUCAGCCUAACAAGAACUUAACUGAAUCUAAUAUAGAAGUUAUCAAACCCAACCGGCCAAAUUCACUCCCUCAGAAUCCAAGUCCAACGUCACCCCUUUCACCGUCCUGGCCCAUGUUCUCCGCACCAUCCAGCCCUAUGCCCACCUCCUCCACGUCCAGCGAUUCAUCCCCCAUCAGUUCUCCAUGCCGCAAAGCUAGAGCCUUGUAUGCUUGUAAAGCAGAGCAUCACUCAGAGCUGUCCUUCACUGCAGGGACCAUAUUUGAUAAUGUUCAUCCAUCUCAAGAACCUGGCUGGUUGGAAGGGACCUUGAAUGGGAAAAUAGGAUUGAUUCCUGAGAACUAUGUGGAGUUCUUAUAACUGGACAUGUUCAUAAACAACCCUGCUGAGCUUUACAUGGUAUCCAUGACAACUGAUUAGAGUAUUGUAGAUCAUUUGCUAUUUACAACUGUGAAAAGCAAGGUGAAGGACUCUGAUACCUGUUCAGAAGAAUGUUCAUGUAAAUAAAAAUGUAUGUUUCUCUUUAUGUAAUGUGUUGUUUGCACAAAAAUGCAGCAAACAAAGCUGGAGAAGAAACUAGCGAGGAUGAAGGGCUUCAGUGGAGAGUGUUCUACUGUGAGAAGUGUUAAUGCCACAUUUCAAAUUAUGUUUUGUCCUAGGCAAGAUAUUAAUAUGAUAUGUGUAAAUAUAGUAGCUUAAAUUGAGCAUGAUUACUGGAGACAAUAUAACUGGAAUUCUACAUACACACAGGUAUACAUUCUCCCCCCCCCCCAAAAAAAAAGGAAAAGAAGAAAAGAACAGAUAAAAGAAAAGAAAAACAGACAGAAAUUGCAGAAGUAGCUUUUUGGUGUCCUAUAUACGUCGGCGUCCAGGAGAGAUCAGAAGGACAAAGAUUUAGUUUUCCACUGCCUGGCAAAAACAAACAUUGAAUUUCCUGGGGAGAAAGCAUGUCUGUCCCUUUUAUCUUUAGCAAGUAAAAAUAAUGUUUGUAUUGAUCAAGCCACUAAUGGCUUUCUUUUGCAGAGCCUGGCUGUCCUUGAUAGGGUUCACUCCAUCCUCAGCAUAUAAAUAAUUCCUACAAUGAGAAAUGCAUCACUGCAUAUAGACAAAAAACAAUAGGCAGCAAUACACAUACUUUUACUUAGUUAAUAUCAAAGCAAGAACAUGGAACCAGAUUUGAAUAUUUUCACGGCUUGUAAUACAUUGAUGAAAAUUCUGGUCAUCUAGAUAGAGUUGUCUGGAAGGCAGCCAAAUGCCUCAAACCAACAAGAAAAUAAGUCCAGUUGCCCCAACUCAGCUUCCAUAUUGCUUGCAUAGUGUUUGUCAUUCCCCCCCCCCCCCAAAAAAAAGAAUCAUCAGCAUUAUGAAUCAAGUCAUAUUUUGGACCAAAGCUCAUGAAAACUUUCUCACUCUUUUAAUCAAACAGUUUUUAAAAGGUCUGGCUGAAAUACCUGCAAUCUUUUCAGACAGGCCUAUCCUUCAUAGAGAUGAAAUAGGAGCUUGUUUAUAUUAUAAAAGCAAGUGACCUGUGUUCUCUCUGUUGUCACCAGCACAAGUUGUAGAAACAAGCACUCACAUUUUCUAGAGUAUUUCUCAAUUUUGGGGAUCUUGAUUACUUCUCUACUGUGUUGGCUCCUGUUUAUUUAGUAGACUGGCCUGUCCAGGCUGCAGUUGCUCUGCACCCUCAAUUCUCUUCAAAGUUUGUAUUUAUUAUGUAGUAACAAUGUUAAAACUUGUGCGCACACACAAACACACAAACACACUCUUACAAUUUAAGUUUUUCGACUUCCUAAUUGACGUCUUUCAGUAAAGGCUGUCUUGGUGAAAUAUCUAUUUAAGGCACACUAACCUUUAUCUGAAGCUGUUCUCCAGAUAUAUUGUACAUUAUUUUUCAUAGCUGUAGAUUUUACACUUAAGGAAAAUCGUGUUAUUUGAAAGCCAAACAUUUCUGAUAGUGUGUUUGUAUUUUCUUUUAAAUAGAAGUGUUUACCUUGGAAUUUUAUGCUUUUUUUUCUGCCUAGAUCUGUUUUCAUACAUUCGUGGCCAUAGACAAGUUUCUGGUUUAAUAUGUGAUUUUUUUAAUUUAAUCCUAAAUUGUUCAGUGGUAACAUAGCUGUAUUUUUCACUGACCUUUGUUUUAAAAUUGAAGUGUAAAUAUGACAAUUUGAAAUAUGUUGAAGUAAAAGAUUUUUAUAUAUUCUGA